AUGGCUUCUGGAAAGCAUGUGCACAAGCUGGAAGGGUUCCCGAGACGCCUCCAGAUCAGGCAGAUGCUGCUUGACGGCUACACAAUGAAGCCAGAAGAAUUCAAGGUGUCUGAGCACUAUGGAGUCUACCAGACUAUCAGUGCCUGGUUUGAGAAGAUGGAAAAGAAGUACGAAACAUCGUCUGGUGAAGAGAAAGAAGUGGUGGACAAUAUGUACUCUGAAGCGUGCAGCUUGUGCGGGCAGGGAGCUCGCAGAGUACGAGCGAAGCUUGACUUAGAAAGCAUGAAGGGCAUCAACGGAUCUGCAGAUGCGCCUCACUGGAGUUUUCAGAUACCUCCAAUGGUCUUUGAAGCAAGGGCCUUCGGUGAAGAAGGAGCUGCAGCGGUGUUCAAGGAGUUGGAAAGGAGCACUUUCCUGAAGCGUGUCAGCUUCAGGAAUCCGCCAGCCAACGUCCUCUCCCACGUCAACCGCCCCGAUAAGCCAUCAAAAGACCGUGAGAGUGACACAUACCACAUCAGAGUGGCAGCACUCAAAUUGAGAGAUGGGGCGCAGGAGAUUGUGGACGAGAUGGCUACAAUGGUGGUGAAUUCUGGCACGCAACUCACUGCCAUGCGCAAACUGCACGCGGCAAGUGUCGAUCGCCAGAAGUGGUCGCAGACCACGCAGCUCAAGGAGCAUUGCUGGCCCGAGGAAGAAAAUGGGGGUUCGACAGGAUUCGCUGUCGGAGCCGGAAAAUACGAGGGGCUCGGAGCUGUGAAACAACAAGAUGAUCUUGACUUGUUUACAGCAGGAGACGGGAGGAUUGUGGCAGGAGAGAGCCCCUCAAUGCUCUUAGACCCUGCGAGUGAGAUUUCUGGUAUGUCUGCCUGCGGCAUCGAGGCAAUGAGGGCUAUGGACGGCUCUGACAUCAUCGAGACGCCAUCCGGUGUCCGCAUGAAGCUCCUUGUGGUGAAUGGGCAGCCGCUAUCUGGUUUGCUGGGCUCGAACUUUCUCAGGUGCUGGGAUGAACCGUGGUGGUCAUUGGAUGGCCUCAACCGGGGCGCCUGUGACGGGGUGAUGGCGGUCGCCGGUGACUCCGUGUAUGCGGUGUUUCAAGGAUCAAGGAAUGAUUCGCUCAGCGAAGACAGGGCCGAAAGGAUGGCAGACCUUAUGCGACAUACUGCUGCGCGUGACCUUUUGUACCACUGGGCCACCCGUGCUGGCUUCCAACCCGAGCGUGAGAAGCCUGGACUUCUCCUACCCCAGCGACCUGAUGAACACCACUUGGGCAGGCGCCGCCCGGCCGACUUGUUCGUGGCAUCGUACCUUGGAUCUCCGACUGCAUUUGACUUGGCUUUCACAGCCCCUCAGCGGCAGGAGGCCCUCGGCACGGCAUCGCGGCAAGCCUUGGCUACGGGAACUGCUUAUGCGGGAACAAAGAUGGCGCACCUCCAGACAGCGGAGCUGUGCCGCUCACAGCGCAUCCACUUUACCCCUUUGGUCGCAGAGACCACGGGUGCUUGGGAACCUCACUCUGCAGCUUUCCUGAAACGGGUUGCUCGUGCCGUCGCUGCUCGCGAGGGCAGUGACGCGGCGCAGCUUGAAGGACAGCUGCUGCAGGAGCUCAGUGUCACUGCUCGCGCUUACCGUGCACGUGCGGUGCUGCAUCGGAGGGCAGAGGCUGCUUUUGCGUGA